UUCACAAAAUGGAAGACUUCGGCUUUUGAGCACCCUCACAAAAACGAAAUUCAGAUCGAUACUUCGUUCGAAUCCACCAUUACAGAACUUCUAGAUUGGGUUUUACAGUGUUUUAUAGUUUUGGUGCUGCACCGGUUUAAGAAGUAGGGUCUGGAUUAUCCGAAGGAUAAGGGUUUUCAGGAAUCCAUUACUGUAUUUCAGGUGACCUAGAGUUCUAAAACGAUCAGUGUGAGAUAUACCAACGAAUUGCAACUUUCCAGUGUUACAUUAAGGUCAUUUGAGGGACUAGGGCAUCAUCUGUAUUUUGGAGAUUAUAUCCAUGUAGAGAAGUGGUUUUGGUGCAUUCCAUCGGGAAACUAAUUGUAAAAAGUGAACUGAUUUUUAAUUCAAGGUCUUGAAAUCUCUUUGAUUAUCCGAAGGAUAAGGGUUUUCCGGAAUCCAUUACUGUAUUUCAGGUGACCUAGAGUUCUAAAACGAUCAGUGUGAGAUAUACCAACGAAUUGCAACUUUCCAGUGUUACAUUAAGGUCAUUUGAGGGACUAGGGCAUCAUCUGUAUUUUGGAGAUUAUAUCCAUGUAGAGAAGUGGUUUUGGUGCAUUCCAUCGGGAAAAUAAUUGUAAAAAGUGAACUGAUUUUUAAUUCAAGGUCUUGAAAUCUCUUUGAAAUUCAAUCCCUGAAAUGCAGGGGUUUUGAUUCAAAAUUCAAAACUCCAGGUAAACCAGAGUUUCUUCAGAGAAAGCCCCUUCAAAUUAAGUUAUUUGUCAAAGGAAUUUCAUAUCGUUUUUUGAGGAAAGAUGUCUGGAGGAGAGGAUGACGACUAUGUCAAUGAAGAUGAGGAAAUCACACAGGAAGACGCCUGGGCAGUUAUCAGUGCAUAUUUUGAUGAGAAGGGUCUUGUUCGACAACAACUUGAUUCCUUUGAUGAAUUUAUUCAGAAUACAAUGCAGGAAAUUGUCGAUGAAUCUGCUGAUAUUGAAAUUCGACCAGAGUCUCAGCAUAACCCUGGCAGACAGGCUGAUUUUGUUGAGACCAUCUACAAGAUCAGUUUUGGCCAAAUUUAUUUGAGUAAGCCUAUGAUGACGGAAUCAGAUGGAGAAACUGCCACUUUAUUCCCAAAGGCGGCAAGAUUAAGAAACUUGACCUAUUCAGCCCCUUUAUAUGUUGAUGUCACCAAACGAGUCAUCAAGAAGGGACAUGACCAUGAAGAACUCGCAGAGCAGCAAGAAUUGACGAAAGUUUUUAUUGGGAAGGUUCCCAUCAUGUUGCGUUCUAGUUACUGCACUUUGUUCCAGAACUCAGAAAAAGAUCUAACAGAACUUGGAGAAUGUCCAUACGACCAAGGUGGUUAUUUCAUUAUCAAUGGGAGUGAGAAAGUCCUGAUUGCUCAAGAAAAGAUGAGCACCAACCAUGUGUAUGUAUUUAAGAAAAGGCAGCCCAACAAAUACGCGUAUGUUGCUGAAGUAAGGUCAAUGGCAGAGUCACAAAACAAGCCACCUAGCAGCAUGUUUGUUCGUAUGCUUUCACGAACAAGUUCAAAAGGGGGCUCGUCAGGACAGUAUAUACGGGCUACACUCCCUUAUAUCCGGGCAGAAAUUCCUAUAAUUAUUGUGUUCCGAGCAUUAGGGUUUGUUGCCGAUAAAGAUAUUCUGGAGCAUAUUUGCUACGAUUUCUCUGAUACCCAGAUGAUGGAGCUAUUGAGGCCUUCAUUAGAAGAAGCUUUUGUCAUUCAAAAUCAGCAGGUAGCACUGGACUACAUUGGAAAGCGAGGAUCAACUGUUGGUGUUACCAAGGAGAAGAGAAUCAAGUAUGCUAAAGAAAUUCUCCAAAAAGAAAUGUUACCUCAUGUUGGGGUGGGGGAAUAUUGUGAGACAAAGAAGGCUUAUUACUUUGGAUAUAUCAUUCAUCGGCUUCUCGUAUGUGCACUUGGUCGAAGACCUGAAGAUGAUCGUGAUCAUUAUGGGAAUAAAAGACUGGACCUAGCUGGUCCCUUGCUUGGAAGCCUGUUCCGAACGAUGUUUCGGAAGCUGACAAGGGAUGUCCGAUCGUAUGUUCAGAAGUGUGUUGAUAAUGGGAAGGAGGUAAACCUGCAGUUUGCAAUAAAAGCUAAAACAAUUACAAGUGGUCUGAAAUAUUCUCUUGCUACGGGAAACUGGGGCCAAGCAAAUGCAGCUGGUACAAGAGCUGGAGUUUCACAGGUCUUGAAUCGCUUGACAUUUGCAUCUACUUUGUCUCACUUACGGAGGUUGAAUUCUCCUAUUGGGCGUGAAGGGAAGUUGGCAAAGCCCCGACAAUUGCAUAAUUCACAUUGGGGCAUGAUGUGUCCUGCAGAAACUCCGGAAGGGCAGGCUUGUGGACUGGUGAAAAACUUGGCUCUGAUGGUAUAUAUUACGGUGGGUUCAGCUGCAAAUCCUAUUCUGGAAUUUUUGGAAGAGUGGAGUACUGAAAAUUUUGAGGAAAUAUCACCUGCUGUUAUUCCACAAGCAACAAAGAUUUUUGUCAAUGGUUGCUGGGUGGGGAUUCAUCGUAACCCUGAGCUAUUGGUGAAAACUCUAAGGCAGUUGAGGAGACAGGUUGAUGUUAAUACUGAAGUUGGUGUUAUACGAGACAUUCGUUUGAAAGAACUGCGAUUGUAUACUGAUUAUGGUCGGUGUAGUCGUCCUCUGUUCAUUGUGGAAAAACAAAGGUUGCUGAUAAAGAAGUCAGAUAUUCGAGCACUGCAACAAAGGGAAAGCCCAGAUGAAGGUUGGCAUGAUCUUGUAGCAAAAGGAUUCAUAGAGUAUGUGGACACAGAGGAGGAAGAGACGACAAUGAUCUCAAUGACGAUAUCUGAUCUUGUGAGUGCCAGGCUGAACCCUGAAGAGGCAUAUUCUGAAACUUACACUCACUGUGAAAUUCACCCAUCUCUGAUAUUGGGUGUCUGUGCCUCGAUUAUUCCAUUUCCUGAUCAUAACCAGUCUCCUCGUAACACAUACCAGUCUGCCAUGGGGAAGCAAGCCAUGGGCAUUUAUGUGACCAAUUACCAGCUUCGAAUGGAUACUUUGGCAUAUGUUCUUUACUAUCCUCAGAAGCCUCUUGUUACAACACGUGCAAUGGAACACCUGCACUUUAGGCAGCUGCCUGCUGGAAUUAAUGCAAUUGUUGCAAUUUCCUGUUAUUCAGGAUACAACCAAGAAGAUUCUGUUAUCAUGAAUCAGUCUUCAAUAGAUCGGGGAUUUUUCCGAUCAUUAUUUUUCCGUUCAUACAGAGAUGAAGAGAAGAAGAUGGGAACUCUUGUGAAAGAAGACUUUGGUCGUCCAAAUCGGGAAAACACUAUGGGCAUGCGGCAUGGUUCAUAUGAUAAGUUGGAUGAUGAUGGUCUUGCACCACCUGGUACAAGGGUCUCUGGUGAGGAUGUCAUUAUUGGGAAAACGACCCCAAUUACUCAGGAAGAAAUGCAAGGGCAGGCUUCAAGGUACACAAGGCGUGAUCACAGCACAAGUUUGCGCCACAGUGAAAGUGGGAUGGUGGAUCAGGUUUUAUUGACGACCAAUGCUGAUGGCCUCAGGUUUGUGAAAGUUAGAAUGAGAUCAGUGCGCAUACCACAGAUAGGGGAUAAAUUUAGCAGUAGACAUGGUCAAAAGGGAACUGUGGGCAUGACAUACACACAGGAGGACAUGCCAUGGACAGUGGAAGGCAUUACACCUGAUAUCAUCGUAAACCCACAUGCUAUUCCCUCUCGAAUGACAAUUGGGCAGCUGAUUGAGUGUAUCAUGGGAAAGGUAGCUGCUCACAUGGGGAAAGAAGGAGAUGCUACCCCUUUCACUGAUGUCACUGUGGACAAUAUCAGCAAAGCCCUUCACAAAUGUGGGUAUCAAAUGCGUGGCUUUGAGACCAUGUACAAUGGUCACACAGGCAGGAGGUUGAGUGCCAUGAUAUUCUUGGGCCCUACAUAUUACCAGAGAUUGAAGCAUAUGGUGGAUGACAAGAUCCAUUCUCGUGGGCGUGGGCCAGUGCAGAUCCUCACGAGGCAGCCUGCUGAGGGAAGGUCUCGUGAUGGAGGCCUUCGCUUUGGAGAGAUGGAGCGUGAUUGCAUGAUAGCCCAUGGGGCUGCUCACUUCCUUAAGGAGAGGCUUUUUGACCAAAGUGAUGCCUAUAGGGUCCAUGUUUGUGAACAAUGUGGCUUAAUCGCGAUAGCCAACCUCAAGAAGAAUUCUUUCGAGUGCAGAGGUUGUAAGAACAAGACUGACAUUAUUCAGGUGCACAUACCCUAUGCAUGUAAGCUGCUUUUCCAAGAGCUCAUGGCCAUGGCUAUUGCCCCAAGAAUGUUCACCAAGGAAGAGAAGAAACCAAAAGAUCAUAAGAAGAAAGGAGCCCCUGGACAAAGCUAGUGCAAGCUUAUAUGGCUAAUUAGCCCACGUUAUAAGAGAAUGGGAUGUCAUAUGAAACUGUUCUCUCUCUUCCAAAGCCACUGCCUUCUCUUUAUUGCUAAGUUAGAAGUUCACUUGAGAGAAGUUUUGUUAUGGCAGAGGCCAGGAUGCAGGAUUCUCAGAGGUAUUACAUGUGAUGUAAUCAGAAAAGGAAAGAGGUUUCAAAUCUAAUAUGUGGCGGCAGUUCAGAACUCAUGAAAGGCUUUUAUGGCCUUCUUUUUGAUAUUGGUGGAAGUGGAAAACUCAUAGGCAGGGAUAUUCAUGGAGAGAUUUUAGUUAUAUGCUUCACAUUCUGAGCUUUCGUUAUAAUUCAGAGUCUGAGAGGUGAUGAUGUGUUCCUUCUUUUAUUCAAGAGAAAACAGCUCUAUUUAUUUAGGAUUUGGAGGAUAAUUAUCAUGGUUAAAUGUGGGAUAACUUGAACUUGGAAGAGAGGACCAAAGGUUUAAGUUAACAUUAGUUAUGUACCUGUUUUGUUUUUUGGGUAAGUAAUUAUGUAUCUGUCUGGUAAGUUUAUUAAUCAAAGAAGAAGAUGACUUCCUUGUAUGAUGUUUGGCAAGAUGAUGGAAGUCCAUAUGAAUCAUGUUCUUGUGAAUUUCUUAAUGAGGGAUGGGCAAUUUUGAGUUUA